ACACAACUGCUUCUGCACUCCCAGCCUCCUCCUCCUCUCUCCUCUAGCUUACCAGACGCCUCAGUUUGAGUUCACUGCUAGACUUGCUUGGCUACCUCCCUGUUUAGUUCUCUCCCUUGUCCCUCUCUCUUCUGUCUCUCCGAAACGCAAGCAUGAAGCUGGCGCGGUGCCUUGUGCUUGUCGGUAAGAUAUGUUUUGUUCUUUAGCAGUUUUCUGUCUGAUAUAGCAUGAAGCCAUUUCUUUUCCCAACAGGUGUUUUAGGCCUCUGUGUGGCUGACCCGCAGACCUACCUUCCUCCUGUUAACGGAUUCAACGGGAAUGGCAACGGAGCUCCCGUUCGAACUGCCAAUGGCAAUGGAAAUGGAGGAAACGGUUUCGCCACAAAUGGUAACGGUAAUGGCGUGAAUGGCGCAAACGGUAACGGUCAGAAUGGCAAUGGAUACGCCAAUGGCAACGGAGCUAACGGUAAUGGCGCCACCGGCAAUGUAAAUGGCCUUAACGGCAAUGGCGUGAACGGCAACGGGAACGGAUAUUCUUAUAGUAAUGGAAAUGGUCUAAAUGGCAACGCCAAUGGUAAUGGGCUGAACGGCAAUGGCAAUGUCGUGAGCGGCAAUGGCAAUGGCGCGAACGGCAAUGCCAAUGGCGUAAAUGGCAAUGGCAAUGGCGUGAAUGGCAAUGGCAAUGGAUAUUCCUAUGGGAACGGUGGCAAUGGCAAUGGAGUAAAUGGCAAUGGAAAUGGUGCUACUGGCAAUGGAUAUUCCAAUGGCAACGGAAACGGCGUUACCGGUAACGGAAAUGGCAUUAAUGGUAAUAGAAACGGCGUAAACGGCAAUGGUAAUGGAUACUCCUACGGCAACGGUAACGGCGUCAACGGCAAUGGCGUUAAUGGAAACGGUGUCAGCGGCAAUGGCGUUAAUGGUAAUGGCGUCAGCGGCAAUGGUGUUAAUGGCAACGGAGUCAACGGCAAUGGUAAUGGAUACUCCUAUACCAACGGCAACGGUGUCAACGGCAAUGGCGUUAAUGGCAACGGCAUCAGCGGCAAUGGCGUUAAUGGCAACGGUGUUACUAGCAAUGGCGUUAAUGGCAACGGCGCCAACGGCAACGGUGUUACUAGCAAUGGCGUUAAUGGCAACGGCGCCAACGGCAAUGGUAUUAGCGGCAAUGGUUACUCCUACACCAACGGCAACGGUAAUGGUAUUAACGGCAACGGAAAUGGUCUUAGUGGUAACGGCAAUGGUGUCAGCGGGAAUGGAUACACCAAUGGCUUCACGAACGGCAACGGUAAUGGAAACGGGGCCAACGGUAAUGGUCUCAUCACCGGAGACAGAGCCCUCGCCAACGGGAAUGGUCUUGUGGAAGGCUUCAGCGGCGACCCCAUCGAGGCCCUGAGUGCGGCGAUCGGCGGCGGCGGCGUGGCUGGCGUGGACUACCCUAUCUUGGCCGAAGUUCCUGAGACUGGCUUCACUUGCGACACUAUCAUCCCCGGUUACUACGCCGACACUGCUCCUGAGGCUGGCUGUCAGGUGUUCCACAUUUGCCAAGACGAUGGGAGACUGGACUCCUUCCUGUGUCCCAACGGCACCUUAUUCAACCAGCAGUACUUCGUCUGCGACUGGUGGUACAACGUCGACUGCUCCACAGCGCCGAACUUCUACGAUCUCAACGCCAACAUCGGCGUCACCAACGGAAACGGUCCCAGCGGCAACGGUAAUGGGGCAGUCAACGGUAACGGCCUUAUCAACGGAAACGGAAACGGUAAUGGUAUUGGGCGCACCAAUGGUAAUGGUGUGGCCAACGGCAAUGGUUAUAGUAACGGCAUCAGUGGCAAUGGAAAUGGCGUCAAUGGUAAUACUAAUGGUAAUGGCAUCAAUGGCAACGGCGUCAAUGGUAACGGAAAUGGCAUCAAUGGUAAUGGAAAUGGCAAUGGCUAUUCGUAUAGCAACGGAAACGGUAUUAGCGGUAACGGGAAUGGUGUCGUUGCCAAUGGAAAUGGUGCCACUGGCAAUGGGUACACUAAUGGCAACGGAAAUGGUGCCACUGUGAACGGAAAUGGUAAUGGGUACACUAAUGGCAACGGAAAUGGUGCCACUGUAAACGGAAAUGGCAAUGGGUACACUAAUGGCAACGGAAAUGGUGCCAUUGUGAACGGAAAUGGCAAUGGGUAUACUAAUGGCAACGGAAAUGGUGCCAGUGUUAGCGGAAAUGGCAAUGGGUACACUAAUGGCAACGGAAAUGGUGCCAUUGUGAACGGAAAUGGCAAUGGGUACACUAAUGGCAACGGAAAUGGUGCCACUGGUAAUGGAAACGGGGCUGUAAAUGGUCUUACAAAGGGAGCUAAUGGUAAUGGCAUUGGAGGCAAUGGGAAUGGAAUUAACGGGAAUGGAGGCAAUGUCAAUGGCAAUGGAUAUUCAUACCCCAACAGGAAUGGUCUAAACGGAAACGGCAAUGGUAAUGGCAGCAGAAUCACAGGUCUUUAUCAGACUCCUGUUGCCUAAGUGAUUCUCUCUCUCUCUCUCUCUCUCUCUCUCUCUGCUUUCACUAGAUAAUUCAUGCAAACUUGUGCCUUUGUGCCCAUGUUUCCAGAAUUAGUAGCAGCUACGACUCGAGUAUUUAGUCCGCAAGGUGCCAUAAACAUGUAUACCCCACUCAUUUACCUAUUACCACAUUCGAACAUUUAACAAUGUAUCCUUAUAUUAGAGCAAUAAAACACCUGUGCCUAAUAA